CGCAGUACAUAAAACUAGCACGUGCUCUUUUAGUUUGACACGUCGCAGAAUUCUCUUCCGGAAGUGGAAAACUCCGGUGUCCGUGGCGGAUGUAUGAGUCGUAACGAUGGCAGCUCCAAAUAGGAAGCAGAUGAUGAGGUUUCUCUCCCAGCUAGGAGCGUUUAUUCUGACCCGGUUCGGGUUUUGGAAUUGCUUCUGUAUGCUGAUGUUGUUUGCUGAAAGAGCGGAUUCAAAAAGGAAGCCGGACAUCCACAUUCCGUACCUGUAUGUGGACAUGGGAGUGGCCGUCCUCUGUGCUAGCUUCAUGUCGUUUGGGGUGAAGAGGCGGUGGUUUGCAAUGGGCGGCGCGUUACAGCUGGCCAUCAGCACCUACGCGUCCUAUGUGGGAGAACAGGUGCAUUAUGGGGACUGGCUUAAGGUUCGGAUGUACUCCAGAGCUCUGGCCAUCAUCGGAGGCUUCCUGGUUCUGGCCAGCGGGGCCGGGGAGCCGUACAGACGGAAACCACGCAGCAGAUCUCUGCAGUCCACUGGACAGGUCUUUCUCGGGGUGUAUCUCAUCUGCGUGGUUUACUCGCUGCAGCACAGCAAAGAGGACAGGCAGGCCUACGUGAACCACAUAGUCGGGGGGGAGGUCACGGUGAUGCUGCUGGAGGUGCUGUUUGGCGUUCUGGCUCUGGCCUUCCUCUCGGGCUGCUACAUCCGGCUGGCCGCUCAGAUCCUGGCCACGGUCCUCCCCCUGGUGGUCCUGCUCAUCGACGGGAACAUCGGCUACUGGCACAACACCCGGAAGGUGGAGUUCUGGAACCAGAUGAAGAUGAUCGGCCAUAACGUGGGCAUCUUCGGCGCCGUGUUGAUCCUGGCCACCGACGGCUGAACCCCGCCCGACAUUUCCAGACCCAAGCGUCUGUCCAGGAUAAGAUGGCCGCCGCCUUUUUGGCCGCCGCCUGAAUUUGUACUCCAAUCUGCCGCCGUUCAGAGACUUCUCAGGAUCCAAAACGCUCCGGCCCAAGCUGAGCUGCACCGUUUGUCUUUGCCUGCCGGGUGGGGGGUGUCGCUUUUGCAGGAAAAACACAAGCUUUGCCAUUUUUGUUAUUUAUUUGAAUGCAAGUUUACAUUUCUUAUGCUCUGAAACACUACACCCAGAAUUGGUACUGUAACAGUAUGAGGAACUUUUAUCAACGGAACGAGUCUUAAAGAAAUGAGUCACGUAAAACAGCAGGGUGGAAAUUUUCUACUAAUAAAGGGACAUUUCUACUUUACUGGUCAUGGGACAGGUCUGUGUUUAUGGCGGGUUCGACCAGUUACUUUUAACCUGCUGUUUUUCUUCAGUUAAAGUUAUUUUAUCUUCUGUAUUAUUAACUCACUCGUCUUAUGAAAACAUUUUGUUAUUUGAACCUGCCGAAUCUCCCCCCGAAUCACCAUAUCUGCAUGAAGUGAGCAGUUUUGAAGAAAAGGAAUGGCAGAAUGCAGCCCAUGCUUCCAGUCUUUGAUCCUCCAGAAGGCGUCUAACAAGUUCAAACGUCUGACUGAUAUUCACAGAGCCUCUUCAGAUCUUUCCGGUGAUGCACCGCUCGCAACACAAAGUGUCUUAAGUUUCACGUCAGAAUGUCUGAGACCCCCCUUUUUGUACCACUUACGUGUAAAUAUGACAAGAGUUGUACUAUGUAUAGAAUAAAAAGUGAGGAACAUACAGGCUGGGAUCGUUUGGCGAUGCAGUAAAUACAUGGUAGUCCCAUCUAUUAUAUCAGGGAUCUAUGAUCAGCUCAUUACUACGGUACAGAGAGUACUCUGCACAUCCAGAACUGUUUGCUUUGAGGACAUUAAACUCCGUCCAUGCAAACGGCCUGUUUCCAGUUAUGUAUUUCAGAUCACUUAUGAGAGGCAGAAUUUAAAGGGUUUUCCAUCAGGCAGCAACCAGGUUGCCCACAGGUUAGUUAAUCUCAGCUUCGUUUUUAGACUCAAAAAAGAAAGACUGUCCAUUAUUUAGUCAGACAACCUCCAGAUGUUUUUGUAUUCUAAAUAAAUGACUUAUUAAAGAUUUAAAUUGAAAAGCUUUUCCUUUGUGUUAUUCAUUUUAACACCUCUUGCAAAGAGCAAUAUGUUGGCAUGGUUGAGUUUUUAGAUGGGGACUUCAGGCCCAAAGCUGAUGGAAACGACAGGUUUUUCUGA